AUGAAACUAACUUCUUUCUGUGUGUUCCUUUCUCUUAGCGCAGCGGAAGUGGCGGAAGGGAGCUCGCGGGGGCUGCGGCGAACAAAGGAGGCUUUCACGUGCAGGAGGACUUCGGAGGAGGCAGCAACGGCAGAGGAGGAGCGACGACGGGAGAAAGGGCUCUUCCUCGUCUUUCUUUGUGCAGGAGCUUGCGGCAACAACGGCAGGAGGAGGAGCGACUACGGGAGAAAGAGCUCUUCCUCGUCUUUCUGUGUGCAGGAUUUAGCGGCAGCAGCGGCAGGAGGAGGAGCGACAACAGGAGAGAGUUCUCUUCCUCUACUUUCUCUGCGGCAGCAACGGCAGGAGGAGGAGCAACAACGGGAGAGAGAGCUCUUCCUCUUCUUUCUCUGUGCAGGAGGUAGCGGCAGCAACGGCAGGAGGAGGAGCGACAACAGGAGAGUGAGCUCUUCCUCUACUUUCACUGUGCAGGAGGUAGCAACAGCAACGGCAGGACGAGGAGCGACAACGGGAGCGUGGGAGCAACAACGGGAGAGAGGAGCCCGACCGUACGCUGGUGCACGGGAGCACGGCGACAUAUUAUGGGAACGCGUGGCGACGAAUGGCGAUGAACGGGAGACGCGCGGCGACGAACAGAGACACGCGGCGAACGAAUGGGGACGCAUGGCGCGGCACGGCCGAUGGUUUUCAGGCGCGCGCACGGCGUGUCCUGCUGGCGAGGCGCUUCUCUCUGCCGUGGGGUAUUUGCCUCUGACGGCCAAGAGGGGUCAAGAAGACGGCCAAGCUGCUGUGGAGGCUCAAGAAGACGGCCAAGCUGCUGUGGAGGCUCAAGAAGACGGUCAAGAAGCUGCUGUGGAUGUGCUGCUGUGGAGCCGCAAGAGGAUCUGUUUACACUUGGCUUAG